AUGCAUCCCCAGACCAUCUUCAACGCCCUCCUGGCCUUUGCUGCCACCGGAAUGGCUGCUCCUUCCGAGGCCUUCAACAACCUCCAAGCCCGCGCCAGGGUCGCUCACGAUUCUCUCAACCCUGUUGGCAAGACCGUCCAGGGAGGUGCCAUUGGCGCCGCCAUUGACAGGUGGCAGCCUCUGCUUCACAUCGCCCACGGUUGUCAGCCGUACACGGCUGUUGCUCCCAACGGAGACGUUAGCGGUGGACUUCAAGACAGCGGCACCACAUCUGGUGGCUGCAGGGACACCUCAAAGGGCCAGACCUAUGCCCGUGCUGCUAUGCACAACGGCAAACUUGCCAUCAUGUACGCUUGGUACUGGCCCAAGGACCAGCCUGCUGAUGGCAACCUCGUCAGUGGUCAUCGCCACGACUGGGAGAACGUCGUCGUCUUCAUUGACAACUACCAGUCUUCUGGAGCUACCCUCUACGCUGCCGCCGCAUCUGGCCACGGUGAUUACAAGAAGACCAAGAGCCCCCAGCGAAGCGGCAACAAUGUCAUGGCUGAGUACUUCACCAGCGGUGGUAAGAACCAUGAGCUGCAGUUCAAGACCAGCCCAGGCCGUACCUACUGGAUUUACGACUGGGCUGCCAUGACCCCCGCUGCUCGCACCGGUCUGAUCAAUGGACCAAAUGGCAACCCCAACGAUAAGCCUUGGGGCAGUGCUAAUGUUCCUUUCAUCGACGCCAACUUUGGCAGAAACAUUGGCAACGCCUGGUCUUAA